GCAGUGAAGCUAACUCGGCCGUGGGGUGGUUUCUGGCUCAAUUUGUUUCAGCAAACUAAUAGAACAGCAAUGACAGACUCCGAGGAUCAAAAGAAUAAUGUUGAAACUAAAAGUGAUAAGAAAGAUGAUAGGCGAUCUGGAGUCUGUUUGGUAAAGCCAGAAUAUAUAAUAGAGGACAGUGUGAGGUCUAAUGAGAAUGGUACAAAUGGAAAGGGAAAAGAUACAGAAAAGACUGAAACUGAUGCUGAUGCAGCUGAGGAUGGUGAACCCCCAAAGAAGAAAUUCAAGGAAAAUAAAAAAGACAAGCCAAGAGGUCAAAAUAAAGGCAGAUCGGUACCUUUCAAAACUCAACGAGAACACAAUCUUUGCCCAUGGAUAGCAGAUCUAACUGUUGAGGAAGUUGAAAAGAAGUGUUCGAAUAAUAAUUGUCAUUUUAUACAUGAUCGUGCAGAAUAUUUGAAAAUAAAACCAGAUGAUAUAGGGACUGAGUGCUAUGUUUUCGAACUCACAGGAAAAUGCCCAAGAGGCGCAGCUUGUAGGAUGGGAUCUAAACACACAACGCCAGAUGGCUUUAAUAUCAUUGACAAAGAGAAAUUUGAGGCUUAUACAAAACUUCCACCAUCCACCAAAAAUCAAAUCAGUAGAGAACUUUCAGAGAAGUUAAAGAAGUAUAAGUAUAACUUUGCUAAAGCUGAAAAGAUCGCCAAGAAACAUAAUUGGAAAUCAAAUGAACUGUUUGAUAAGUCAAAAUCACAAAACCCUACAAAAACUCCAGAAACUACUCAAAUUCCAGAUAAAUCAGAAACUCCACAAACUCCAGAAAAAUCUGACACUUUACAAACUCCAGAGAAGCCUAAAGAGGAAAAAGUUGGACCGAUUCUGGACACAGACGAGAUCAAACUCCAUCCAGACGAAAAGAAAAAGAUAGACUGGAAGGAUAAGAUAAUGUUAGCUCCACUGACGACCGUCGGUAAUCUUCCAUUUCGUAGAAUUUGCAAGGAAUUUGGCGCGGACAUCACCUGCGGUGAGAUGGCACUUGCUCCUAGGCUUCUCAAAGGCGUGAGAGAAGAAUGGGCUCUCGUCAAACGGCACGAGUCUGAAGACUUGUUUGGUGUGCAGAUAGCUGGUAACAAUCCUGGUGUACUGACGAGGUGCUGUCAGUUAUUAAACGACGAAACUGAGGUGGAUUUUGUUGAUCUCAAUGUUGGAUGCCCUAUUGAUUUGGUGUACAAGCAAGGAGGUGGCUGUGGAAUGUUAAACAGGUUGAACAUUUUGGAAUCUGUAGUAAAAUCGGCGACGGAGGUGCUGGACAUCCCGUUUACUGUUAAGACAAGGACUGGUGUCUAUGCGGAUAAACCGAUCGCGCAUAAGCUGAUGUCUAAGUUUAAAGAUUGGGGAGCUUCUAUGAUCAACAUUCACGGCAGAUCCAGGGAACAGAGAUAUACCAAACUAGCUGACUGGGAUUACAUCGAGAAGUGUGCCCAGGUAGCUAGUCCAAUCCCUGUCUAUGGAACUGGUGAUAUUCUCUCCUGGGAUGACUACCAGCGAGUUCGAAAGACCUACCCAACGGUCCAGGGUGUGAGCAUCGCACGUGGUGCUCUGAUCAAGCCUUGGAUCUUCCAGGAAAUAAAGGAACAGAAACUGAUUGACAUCUCGUCUAAUGAGAGAUUCGACAUCCUCAAGAGGUUUGCCAAGUAUGGUCUGGAGCACUGGGGUUCCGACACUAGGGGAGUCGAGACCACCAGGCGAUUCAUGCUCGAGUGGAUAUCGUUCCUAUAUAGGUAUGUUCCGGUUGGUAUCCUGGUCGAGCCGCCCCAGAGGAUGAACAACAGACCGCCGUAUUACAGAGGUCGUGACGACCUAGAAACGCUUAUGGCUAGCUCAAAUUGCGCCGAUUGGAUCAAGCUAUCGGAAAUGCUGCUGGGAAAAGUGCCUGACGGUUUCAACUUCCUCCCCAAGCAUAAGGCCAACGCGUGGAAGUAAAAGCCUGUAUGCAAAUUCAGUGCAAAGUAUGUUCGUUCGUAUUUUUAUUACCAAACGAGGAGAGACAAAAAAUAAGAAUAAAUAAUUAUUUAUAUAUUACAUAAAUUACAAAUUAACGAAUUUAAUAAUACAUUGAUCAGUUUAACCGCUUUCUCGUCGCUCGACUACUUUUUCAUUUAAUACUGGGCUUCUUCGAUAUAAUUGCGUUUCUUCCGCGCGAAGAAUGUCAGUAGUGAAUGGACACGUCGCCUAGAGAGGAGACAGGCCACAUGCAAUCGCAGCCGCUGGCCACAACCUUGGUCACCGGCUCCCAGCACUCGCCGUCCCAGCGCCUACGUACCAAAAAGAGCGUGCGACUCCGCUGCACGCAGUGGAAGCUUGGGUGGGCACACUUCUAAUUGGAGCAAAGAAACAAGUUUAUUUUUAAUUAGUUGAAAUCGAGUAUUUCGGUGUUUAAGAGGCUGACAGAUAUUUUGGGACAGUCGUUGUAUGCGAUAUAGCUAAUUGUUGAAAUUUAGUUUGAAAAAAUUAUUUUUCUCUAAAAACAAGUUCUAAAUCUCUGGACGUCUAAUCACCUCGGUUACGCGACGUUCGUUUUUUUCUCAUUAACUACAAAAGUAUUAUUAUGUUCGUUUGAAAAUUAUGUAAAUAUGCAUAAAAACAUCCAGUAAGAAAAAAUCAUUUGUAUUACUUCAACAGUAUGUUUUAAUAAAAAAGGACACAGAAGAAAUAAAAAA